CCUUAACCUCUUCCCCUCAGCAUCUUCAUCUCGUCUCCAUGACAACCCCUCCACUAGUGCCUCCUUUCGGGGGUCAGCCGCCCCCACAACAGCAACAGGCUCAGGCAGCUCGAGACGUCAACACCGCCUCGCUUUGUCGGAUCGGACAGGAGACCGUCCAAGACAUCGUCCUGAGGACCAUGGAGAUAUUUCAGCUGCUGAGAAAUAUGCAGCUGCCCAACGGGGUCACCUACCACCCCAACACUCACCAGGACCGGCUGGGAAAGCUGCAGGAGCAUUUACGAAUGCUCUCCGUGCUCUUUCGCAAGCUCCGCCUCGUUUACGACAAGUGCAACGAGAACUGUGCGGGACUGGAGCUCGUACCGCCAGAGCAGCUGAUACCUUUCGUGGAGGACGAAGGCUCCAAACGCGAGGAGCGCUCAGGGGGGCAGAGCCGGCCGGCCAGCGAGGAGCGGAGGGAAAUCCUGGAAGUCAGCAAGAAACUGAAGCAGAAGAACCAGCAGCUGAAGCAGAUCAUGGAUCAGCUCCGAAACCUCAUCUGGGAGAUCAACUCCAUGCUGGCAGUCCGCAGCUGAGCCGCCCUGAAGCCCCGCCCCCAAACACACAAGGUUUCAGUCGCCGCGCGCCGGCCGGGGCCGCACUUUACCCGAGUUAGCGAAUGUUCGGCCGCUUCGCCACGAGCAAAUGUUACAAAUGAAGACGAGAGGAGCUCGCCGCGGCGAGGAGGAAGCUGCUACCUCCAUGUUCUACAUUUCAAUCAACGAUUCUGAAGAUUGAUAAAUAUAUAUAUAUUAUUAAGGCUUAAUCUAGCUGCAGGUACGAUCUUAAUGUAGAGAAACAUCAUUAUUUUAUUAAAACAUCAAGUUCUGCUUCUGAAUCUUCUAUCAUCCUGCGCUCUGAUUGGCUAAAACUUGACGCUUCCUUUACCAGUUCUGCCUAUAUUUUCUCAUAAUUAAAAACCACAACAAAACUG